AUGAGAAGCGAACGCAAACCACUUGUAGCAAACGAAGCCGAGAGCGAUGCCAGCGCUGCGGCGCGCCGCGCCCGGGCAGCAUCCACUUUAAGCAGGGCUGAGCGCACGCUGCCGCAGCACGACCCCAUGAUCGAGGGGGUGCUCUCCACCUACUCCAUUGGGGACACCGUGCGCGCCAACUGCACCUCGGCCAAGUCCAACCCUGCCGCCACGCUGGAGUGGUUCAUCAACGGCAUCAAUGUGAGUGCUUGGCUCCGCCCGCGCCCCCCGCCCCCACCCCCGCCCCCGAAGGCGCUUAGGCCCUUGAUGGAUUGA